AUGUUCACAGAGGGGAACAAUGAUCAUUCAUCUCCUCCUACCUAUCGAUUGCCCAAUACAACUCCUAAUCUACAGGUACGAUCGCAUCGAUCCUACACUGUGAAUGAAGAUGGAGAAGAACAAGACCCAAUUUUCACCAACACUAAUUAUUCAUCAACACAAGUUCCUCCCUUGUUGAUGAAUUAUCCAUCAUCAUCAUUUUCUGCAACCACUCUUUCUCAUAACAACAACAAUUUGGAUUCUCAUACAUUUGAUCAUUUUACACCCAUUCCGAUGGAUCUCAAUACAUCAUCAUCUACAAUGGGUGGCACAAUUCAUAGAAAAUUUGAAUCUACUUCCAAUAAUGGCGAUGCUGAUGAUACAAAACAUAAAUAUGCUUUUAGAAAAAAGAGGUCCAAUUCCAUUGCGUCUGCAGUGUUUGGAACAUGUUGUGGAUCCACCAAGAGAAUUCUUGUCACAUUUAUGAUUUUAUUGAGCAUUGUGAUGGUCUUUUAUAUUGUGAUCUAUAAAAGAAAGCUAAGUUUACAACAAGCAAGAAUAGCGAAUGCAAUGAAUAAUCCAUCCUCUCAACAACCAACAGUUCAGACAGGUUCAAAUAUUAUGGGAACCAAAGUAGAAAAGAAAUCACAAGAUGCUUCCCAAUUAGGUGAUGAUAGUGUGAAAAAUAAGUCAACCAAGAAGAAGAAUCGAAGUGGUGACGAAGAGGAAGUUGAUUUAGAUGAAUUGUUAGGAAUUAAAAAGAAGACGAAGAAAAUCUCCUCAUCCGAUCAUGUAAAGAAAUCAAAACCUUCCUCUAAAAACAAGUUGUCUCAAAAAAAGAAGAAACUCUCCAAGAAACCUGUCAUUAAUAUUCCACACAAGAGAAGAGUCGUGAAACAACCCAAAAAACCAUUCAAAAAACCUCUCAAUCCAGAAGUGAAAAAAGAAAAAGAACAAGAAAAAAUCAUCAAACAAGCUCAAGAAAAAGCUAUUGAUUUGAGUGCACCAAAAUCCAAACAUGAUGACAUUAUUGAGAAGUAUUUGAAAAUGAUUGAUGAAGAAGAUAUUUCAAAUGAGAAGAAGAAGAAGAACACAAAGGCAAUGAAUGCAAGUAAGGAUCCGUCAUCCACCACUUCAACUCCUCCACUCAUAAAGCAAGUUGCUCCUGUCAAUAACAAGAAGAAGAAUAAGGAUCAGAAUGAUAUUGAACAAUUGAAAAAUCAUCCAUUAUUCAAACAAGAUCCACAACCAUUCAUUCCUAAAAUUGUUGAAGACUUCAAUCAGCCAAUCAAGAAAGAAUCCAAAUCAAACAGCAACAAACAAGAAAGUGUCAACCAAGAAGAAAAACCAACUCAAAAUGUUGCCACCACUACCACCACUUCUACCACAGAGAAUAACGAUAACACUCGUGCAACCACAUCAAGUGCCACCACUGUCUCAACAACACUCUCAUCGCCUGAUGCAUCAACAACAACAGGUACUACCACCACCACUACUACUCAAAAAGAAGAGACUACCUCUCAAGGUGACGAUUCAAAGAAGGAUAAAUCAAAGAGUGAACAAGUUGCACCUGAAAAAGUAGAACAUGACAAAUUUCAUGACGAUAAUCUGGUCCAAGUGAAAGAUAAUAAGGAUUCCAAGCAGCAGCAACAACAAGCUGAAAAGAAAUCUCAAGAAGCAUCUCCUGUCACAAAGAAGAAAAAGAAGGUCGAAACAAAACCAAAAAAGAAACUCUCCAAAAAACCAAUUCCAAAGAAGAAGAAUAUUUUGAGAAGAAAACAAAAGAAGAGAAAUGUACCCAAGAAAAAACCAAUCAAGAAGAAGAAAUUCAAAAAGAUUGUGAAAAAGAAACCAAACAAGUUGAAAAAAAAGCCAAAACGAAAAGUUAAGAAAGAAAUUCCAAAGAAAAGAAAGAGCAAGGCACAAAAAGGAAACAUCCUAAGCAAGCGACAAAAUACCAAGGAUGACGAUCUAUCCAAUCAUCCAUUAUUUAAGGAAGAACCACAAACAUAUACUCCACCAACAGAAGAAACUGCAGACUUAUCAAAUAAGAAGCCUAACAAUGUUGAUGAAAACUUGUCCUCACAUCCACUGUUUAAAGAACCUCCACAGAAAAUGGUAGAUCAGUCUGAUAAGAAGAAUGACGCAACUCAAAAAGACACAGAGCAAGUUUCAAAGUCAAUGACGUCAGACAAAAAUAAUAAGGGUGCAACAGAAAAGGAAUCAAAGGAUACUGGUGCAAGCAAGCGACAAAAUACCAAGGAUGACGAUCUAUCCAAUCAUCCUUUAUUUAAGGAAGAACCUCAAGCCUUCACCCCAAGCAAAAAUGAUGAAAAACAAGAAAUUGCUUCUAAAAAGAAAGACGAAAAAAAGUCAUCAUCGCCUACCAUCCCAAAGGUGCUUUCAGAGAAAAACAUUAAGGAAUAUUUGCAAAAGUACAAAGCAUAUCAUGGCUCCUUGUCAGGAAUCGAAAAGACAAUGAACAGGAAACAAGCGAAAAAGAUUAUUGAUUACAUCGACAAGCAUCAUAAUUAUGAUUAA